GCGCCAUUUAUAAAACGAACGUGAAAAUGAUGAUCAUUAAAAUCACUUUGUAUAACUUGGUUCAAAACAGUGUGUUUGCCAUCAAGUUCAGUGUCAACAACUAGCUAACGAGCUUUGAAGCCGAAACUAACGUCGCACUUAUUUCAAUUUACUCAAUUGCACUUUAAAUUACCUAGUUACUACUUGACAUCAUUCGGCAUAGCUUCUUUGUGUGGCGUACCAGCUCCUCUGCUAAGAAUUUGAUGCAUGACCAAGUCUAAAGGUGGGAUUUGCUUUAAUCUUCACCACCAAGAUGCUGAUCUUCCUGAUAACACUCCUGACGAUCGGCUUUGGAGCGUACUUCUUCCUGAAGCAUCGCUACACGUACUGGGAACGUAGAGGAGUGAAGCAAACUGAUGCAAAAUGGAUUUUCGGAGACACCUUCAGACAAUUUUUCAUGAGAGAAACUGCUGCUGAUCAGAUGAAAAGAUUGCACGAUCUCUACCCCAAUGACAGAUAUACAGGUGGUUAUCAAAUGGUGGUGCCUACUUUCAUGGUCAGGGAUCCCGAUUUGAUUAAAAGUAUAUGUGUCAAAGACUUUGAUCACUUCAGCAACCACAGGACAUUUGUCCCUGAAGAUGUUGACCCCCUAUUUGCAAAGAACUUAUUUGCGCUGAAAGAAGGACGAAGACAUGCAUCGACAGUCCUUGUUAAGCUCAUUCGGGCUCAAACUGAUCAUCACAAGAGCCACCUAGAUAGCAAGUUCGCUGAAACAUCAAUCCAUUAUUUAGAGAACAUAGCAUCCAUACUUGGACCAGCUCAAGUAUUUUUCAUAUCUCAAGAUGAUAAAGCUCGAGUCCCUAUUGGCGUAACUGCAGCAAAUCAAAGAUGGCGUGAGAUGCGUGCUGUGCUAAGCCCUAGUUUCACCAGCAGCAAAAUGCGAAACAUGUUCCUUUUGAUGUCCGACUGCGCAGAAAAAUUCGCCAAAUUCUUUAUGAGCAGAACGCGCUAUGGGGAGGUCAUAGAGGUCAACAUGAAGGAUACCCUAACGAGGUACACCAACGACGUCAUCGCGACUUGUGCUUUUGGAAUCGAGGUUGAUUCUUUGAACAACCCCGACAACAGUUUCUAUACAAUGGGAAAGAGAGCGACGGACUUCAGUUCGCUGGGAAGAAGGUUGAAGUUCAUGGGGUAUUUUCUUGUUCCAUGGCUCUUCAGGAUAUUCAACAUCUCGUUCUUCGAAGAAGACAUCAAACAAUUCUUCUACAAGCUGGUGGACGAAACGAUAAGGAUGAGAGAAGAGAAAGGUAUAGUUAGACCUGACAUGAUAAAUCUUAUGAUGGAGGCUAGGAAAGGGAAAGCAAGUAAAAUUGAUGCUGAUGAAAAAGCGUUGGAUAGCGGUUUUUCCGUUGUCCAGGAGUCAAACAUAACUAAUGGAAAAUUAUCGACUCCAAUCAAAAUAACCAACGAAGAUAUCGCCUCUCAAGUCAUGAUUUUCUUCUUCGGGGGCUUUGAUUCCACUGCGUCAACGAUGUGUUUCUUUGCACAUGAGUUGAUUGAAAAUCCAGACGUUCAAAGCAAGUUGCGGGAGGAAAUUAUGGAGACUAAAGCUCAGUGUAAUGGAAAGCUCACCUAUGAGGCGUUGCUCAAGAUGAAGUACAUGGACAUGGUGACAUCAGAAACUCUCCGCAAGUGGCCACUAGCAGUAUUCACCGACAGAGUUUGCACCAAGCCUUACACAAUUCAACCCGCUAAGCCUGGAGAAAAGCCAGUGCACCUAAGUGUAGGUCAACAUUUACUAUUUCCAGUCUACGGGAUUCAUCAUUAUUACAAGUACUACCCCCACCCAGAAAGAUUCGAUCCAGAAAGGUUCAGUGACGAAAACAAGGACAAAAUCAACCCUUACUCGUAUCUACCCUUCGGUCUGGGUCCCAGAAACUGCAUAGGCAACAGAUUCGCCCUAUUGGAAAUGAAGGCUGUCUUUUUCCAUUUGCUGAGCCACUUUGAGUUGGUACCCACAGAGAAGACUCAGAUUCCACUGAAGCUGAGUCAGGCCUCGAUCAAUCCUCAGGCUGAGAGAGGAUUUUGGAUGGGAUUUAAGAAGUUGGAGAAUUGAUCCAGAUCGGUGGAUAGAUCAGAUCAUGUAUAAGACUAGUAUUAGUUAUUAGCAUUUAAAUAUUUGAUGGAAUAUUUUGGAAAAACUGUGAUGAUGAAUUUGUAUGAAAAUAAACUUUUUAAAUGAUUCAAUUAUGAA